GCUUUUUGCUUGCAUUCGCAGUGUUUCGAUAACAACUCGGGGGCACGUGAUCAGGUGCUUCUCGUGAAUCGGCGAGCAAGCCAACCGGGAGUGUAGCGGAGAGCGACGGUGAAGUGACGGAAAACGCCUUGCAGGACUCGGCAACGGGUCACGACCGCCAACCUCCAUGCAAGGAUGAACCCGAGCAAGCCGUGCUGAGAGCUUCUGGCAAGCUGGCUCGGCUCAGAGUUCGACGCCAAUGUUGAGACACGGGCCUCCUUCCUGCGCCGCCUGCCUCAACUUCACGUUGCGUCAAUCCUGCUGUCGCCACCGCGAAGCCACACCUCGCACGGCCAUGGCCAGGCUCGCGUUAUGACCAACCUACGUAGCUUUCUUUUGCCUCAGUUACCUUAGUUUUUCCUUUCUUCUUUCCUUUGCCCAUCCUUCUCCUCAACGAGGGCCUAGAAAAGAAGCUGAAGAGAACAAACAGGCUGUGGUUGCGUUUUUGUUCACUUAAUUUAUCGCCAUCUGUUAUCCUUCUUCUCUCUUCACGGCUUUCUGUCUGCUAAGCCUCGCCACUGAUCUUCGGGUCUCUUCAAAGAUGCUGCUCAUCAGUAGGUGCAAUGGACCGGCGAUGCCGUCGUCGUCAUCACUACACGAGUUACACGAAGAUGCUCCUUAGGACGUUCAUCCUCAAGCUCGAAAACGGGACAAACGAAGAAGAGGACGCGGCCACCCGUUCACGAGCGACUCCGACGCUAAUUCAGGCGCCUUCACUCGGCUGUGCUGUUUCGACGCUGCAUAGGUUCCCUUCUUUGUCUACGUCGACCCGUGUGUAACACGUCGGGAGGAUUCCGUUACAUCCGCCGUGCCGAGAGCGAGAGAGACUCGGUGCCCGUACAUCGUGCGCGUAUGUGUGUGUGUUUCGCGCGCUGGCCGUGCCAUAUCUUUCGUGCGUGUGAGUGCGUUUUGUGCGCGUAAAAAGAGACAGCACCAUGCUUCGGGUGCGCAUCCUUCGGCUGCACACGUGCAAGGUUGUGCUUGUGACGUCGCUGGUGUGGUUCUGCGUGGCAGCGCUGUUGCUCAUGUACUACACCGAGUGCAUAGGCUCCGGCUGCCUGGCCAAGUCGAGCUCGGCGGUCGAGCGGCUGCCGUCCGCCAGCAGGUCGCUGCAGUCGCCACGAGGCGAGUUUCGCAGCUGGAUGCCCGUCGAGCUUGGCGAGAACCCAUCUGAGUGGCCUGGGGAACGUGGCCGUGGUGUUGAAAUUGGCCCUGAGGAAGAGGCCCUCAAGAAAGAGAAGUUCAAGCUGAACCAGUUUAACCUUUUGGCGAGCGACCGUAUUGCCCUCAACCGGUCCCUGCCUGAUGUGAGACUGGAGAAGUGCAAAGAUAAGGUGUACCCCGAGAAGCUGCCCACAACUUCUGUGGUGAUUGUGUUCCACAACGAGGCUUGGUCCACUCUGUUGCGAACAGUGCACAGCGUCAUACGGACAUCACCACGGGCUCUGCUUGAAGAGAUCAUCCUUGUGGAUGAUGCCAGCGAAAGGGAACAUCUGGGAAAGAAGCUUGAAGACUAUGUGGUCAAGCUUGAAGUGCCUGUCAAGGUCAUGCGGACGGGAAAGCGCUCGGGCCUUAUACGCGCCAGGCUCCUGGGAGCGGCAGCGGUUAAAGGCCAAGUCAUCACAUUCCUGGACGCCCACUGCGAGUGCACGCAGCAUUGGCUGGAGCCACUGCUGGCACGCAUUGCCGAGGACAGGACCAGAGUUGUGUGCCCUGUGAUCGACGUGAUCAGCGAUGAAACGUUUGAGUACAUCUCUGCUUCGGACAUGACCUGGGGCGGCUUCAACUGGAAGCUCAACUUCCGCUGGUACCGUGUGCCGCAGCGAGAGGUUGAACGAAGAGGCGGAGACCGCACGCUGCCUAUCAGGACACCUACCAUGGCAGGGGGCCUGUUUUCAAUCGACAAGGACUACUUCAACGAGCUGGGAAAGUAUGAUGAAGGCAUGGACAUCUGGGGAGGCGAAAACCUCGAACUUUCAUUUAGGAUAUGGAUGUGCGGCGGAGAGCUGGAAAUAGUGCCAUGCUCACAUGUGGGCCACGUCUUCAGAAAGUCGACGCCAUACUCGUUUCCCGGUGGGACUAGCCGCAUCGUCAACCACAAUAACGCCCGCCUGGCCGAAGUGUGGCUUGACGAGUGGAAGGACUUUUACUUUGCCAUCAACCCAGCGGCCAAAAAUGUUGACAAAGGAGAUCUUUCGUACCGAAAACAACUCCGAACCAAGCUUAAGUGCAACACUUUCAGGUGGUACUUGGAAAAUAUUUAUCCAGAGUCACACAUGCCCCUUGACUACUAUCAUCUUGGUGAGAUCAAGCAUGCCGAUUCCUCGGACUGCCUGGACACCUUUGGCCGCAAGAGCGGUGAGAAUGUGGCCGUGAGCAAGUGCCAUGGCAUGGGCGGUAACCAGGUGUUUGCCUACACAAAGCGGCAGCAGAUCAUGUCUGACGACAACUGCCUGGACGCCUCUUCUCCCCGAGGUCCUGUCAAGCUCCUGCGCUGCCACGGCAUGGGCGGCAACCAGCUCUGGAUCUACAAUAAGGAGGAGCAGUCGUUCAAGCACGUCAACACGGCACGCUGCCUCGACCAACCCGAGGCCAAGGAUCCUUCUCUGCCCGUUCUGAGGGAGUGCGACGGCCGGUCUUCGCAGCGGUGGGUCAUGAAGGGGAAGUUCAAGUGGCAGGCGUCUUAGGUGCCAAGCAGCAGGGCUUUCUCCCCCGUCAUGGCCAGCCGCAAGCAGCAUUCACACAGCACACGGACAAGCAAGCAGGCGAACAGCCCUUCUUCUUCUCUUGAAUGGGAAGACCAGGAAGGGAGCCGCACGCAGCAGCUGCAGGACUCGGCUGCUGCUACUGCCACUGGCACCUCUCUGCGGCAACGAAAACCCCAUUGACUGGUGCACACGUGCCUUUGCUGAACUUGCACAAGAAGUGGCUGCCCAACGUGCGUGCUGUGUGUUUGCUUGCUGCUGUGUGAGUUGCAGUACGUGCCUACGUCUUGGAAACAGUUUAAACAAAGAACAUGAAGGCGCACUGCGGGGCGUCGGAAGGGUGCGCUGCAUUUCAGGUUAUACCUUGUGUGUCAAAGCCUUUCUGUAGCAUACAUUUCUGCAUUUGUGCCCUCGGAACACAAUAAGAACUGCUGAAUUGUGUCGUACUUUGGAGAUGCGGUUGUACUGGAGUUUAAGUUAUUGCUGUGCGGCCCUCUCUAGUUCACUUCACUAUGACCGGUCGCUGGCUGCUACCGUCACCCAUGCAAAUAACGACGUGCUUAUACGUGGCCUAAACAGCAGUUUCCUUUCUUUCUUUAUUAUUUUUUUUUCAUGGUGUGCAUUAUGUUGGUGCAUGCUGUGCAGUGACUUUGGUUAGUGCUCCCAAAUUUUCUUCUGUGAAUGUUCUGGGAGAAUUCAGGCACGUGAAUUCCAGCUUGGAUUGUCGCCUCAUGGUACGGGCGAAGGAAGCUGUAGAGCCGAUGCGGUGUGGGUGUACCCUCGCUGCGAGACUCUUACGCCACAUCAGCUGCCAUCGCUUUGUACAUUUCCACUUGUGCUGUGAUUUCGACUCUUCCAGCAAAGACUGCCUCUUUUCUCGGGACUGGUAGUGAUUGUGUGAUCUGUGGUGCGCCUACCGUUCGCCACAUUCCUUCAGAGACUGCUGCGUGGAACCCCGGAACAGGGAAGCGACGCAUGUUUCAGUGCAGCAGUGUUCCUAUUUCUUCCAUCUUUCUGUGCUGUUCUUUCACUUUUUGUCAUUCCUUCUUAGUCCAGGAGAGUGUGCUGUUCGCAGUGUGCUUACAGACGGUGGCACUGGAAUGCAAAUGGGCCAAGUUGAUUUUACGUACAUCGCUGGGGUUGUGUGUGUGUGUGUGUCUCUACCUUCUUUGUGAUCCCCCGGGGGCUGACUUGAAUGAGAACUCGACAUGGUAGUUGCGCACCUUCCCAUGCACCGGUGAUAUUCGUUCCAAAUGGGAAUGAAAUGAGGAUGCAACCAAACAUAUUGUUAGUGAUCACCAGUGCUGCGCCACUGUCGUGGUCAAGUUGCAUGUGUUACAAUGUAUUGUUACGACAAAUCAUGUCAUUGUUUUUUUAUUAUUAUUAUUACCCUUAUUAUUUUUUUCUUUCUCAUCAUUGUAGGCUCAAGGGCAGUUUCCUGUUAUCGAGUGCUAAUUUGUUGUUGAAACUCCUUUCUGUGUAAAUGGUUGGAAAGAACGAAGACUUUGCAUUUUAUUGUCUUCCAAGAUCAGACUUAGGCUUCACUGCAAAGCCUCUGCCACUCACUGCUCUUGUUUGUCCUCUUUCCUAGAAGCAAAAUUAUCUUCUUUUGAGCUGGUGAAUUGACCAUAAAACCAUUAGUUAAGAAGUGUUGCAAUACUUGUGAAAGGUGAGUGUGUUAUGACAGCUCGGUUCCUAAAAUUAAAGUUUCAGCGGUAUGUUUUGACCAGCA